GUGUGUGUUUUUAUUAUACAUGUGUACGUGUGCGCGCGCGCCUGACAGCGUCUCCCCUGGCAGCAGCAGCGUCAGUCUGCAUGUGGACUCGAUCCGGAGCUGAAGCAUCCGGACCAAACUGCGCAGAGAUGCGGCGCACGUAGACGCGACAUGCGGACACACCGCGUCCCCUCCGCGCGCUCAGACCCCGGUUCAUAAAAGCUCCGUUAACAUUAAUUUUCCGUGUGUUUGUUGUAGACAUGGCGGCGCUGAAGUCGAGGUGAGCCGCUCCGGUGCUCGGUCCUCCUCUGCCGGGGAGUGCGCACGCUUUUCUCGCUCUUUUUUUUGUGCCAGAAAGCACCUUAAAAUCCGGGUUUUUCUGUUUUUCUCCUGUCAAUCAUUGUGUGAGGAAUCAUGACGACGGGGCAGGACGAAAGCACAGUCCGCGUGGCUCUGAGGAUCCGUCCUCAGCUGGCGCGGGAGAAGAUCGAGGGAUGUCACAUCUGUACGUACGUGAUGCCCGGGGAGCCGCAGGUCAUCCUGGGCAAAGACAAGUCCUUCACCUACGACUACAUGUUCGACAUGGACUCACAGCAGGACGACAUCUACUCCACCUGCACCGAGAAGCUGAUCGAGGGCUGCUUCGAGGGCUACAACGCCACCGUGUUCGCCUACGGACAGACGGGUUCGGGGAAGACGUACACGAUGGGGACGGGCUUCGACGUCAACAUCUCGGAGGACGAGCUGGGCAUCAUCCCGCGCGCCGUGCACCACCUCUUCAAAGGCAUCGAGGAGCGCAGACAGGCGGCGCAGGAGCAGGGACGCCCCGUCCCCGAGUUCAAGAUCAACGCACAGUUCCUGGAGCUUUAUAACGAGGAGGUUCUUGACUUGUUUGACUCGGUGCGAGACAUGAAGCAGAAAUCUCACAUCAAGAUCCACGAAGACGCCACCGGAGGAAUCUACACGGUGGGAGUGACCACGCGGACCGUGUCCUCCGCCGCCGAGAUGAUGCAGUGCCUGAAGCUGGGAGCUCUGUCCCGUACCACAGCCAGCACACAGAUGAACGUGCAGAGCUCCAGAUCCCACGCCAUCUUCACCAUCCACCUGUGCCAAGUCCGCGUCUGUGCCUCCGACAAUCAAGAAAGUGAGCCUGACAACAGAGUCUCCAACGGGAACUCUGAGAUGGACGAGUACGAGACGCUGACAGCCAAGUUCCACUUUGUGGAUCUGGCCGGUUCUGAGAGGCUGAAGAGAACCGGAGCGACCGGAGACCGAGCCAAAGAGGGAAUCUCCAUCAACUGUGGGCUGCUGGCUCUGGGGAAUGUAAUCAGCGCUCUGGGCGACCGCAGCAAGCGCUCCUCCCACGUGCCUUACAGAGACUCCAAACUCACCCGACUGCUGCAGGACUCACUAGGAGGAAACAGUCAAACGGUGAUGAUCGCCUGCAUCAGCCCGUCGGACCGCGACUUCAUGGAGACGCUGAACACGCUGAAAUACGCCAACCGAGCCAGAAACAUCAAGAACAAAGUGAUGGUGAACCAGGACAAGGCCAGCCAGCAGAUCAGCGCUCUGAGGACCGAGAUCGCUCGGCUGCAGAUGGAGCUGAUGGAGUACAAGACGGGGAAGCGUCUGAUGGGUGAGGACGGCGUGGAGAGUUUCAGCGACAUGUUCCAUGAGAACUCGAUGCUGCAGACGGAGAACAGUAACCUGCGUGUGAGGGUUAAAGCCAUGCAGGAGACCAUCGACGCCCAGAGGAGCAGACUCACCCAGCUGCUCAGCGACCAGGCCAACCAGGCGCUCAGCCGCGCCGGUGAAGGUGCAACUGAAGAAAUUGGAAACAUGAUUCAUGGUUACAUCAAAGAGAUUGAAGACCUCAGAGCCAAACUGUUGGAGAGUGAAGCCGUGAACGAGAACCUGAGGAAGAAUCUGUCUCGAGCCUCCAACCGCCAGUCUCUGUACGGAGGCCCGGCGCUGCUCGCCCCCGAGAAGGAAACCUCCGACAUCAUCGAACUCGCCAAGAAAGACCUGGAGAAGCUGAAGAAACGAGAGAAGAAGAAGAAGAAAAGCGCCACCAAGGAGGAGGUCCCUGACAACGAGCAGGAGAAAGGAACGGAGAAGGAGCUGACGGAGAGGAGCCACGAGGAGGCCGAGAUGGAGGUUCAGGAAGCCAGCGACCACGAAGAAGCAGAAGAGGAAGAGGAGGAGGAGGAAGAGGAGAUGGACGUGGAGGAGAGCUCCGAUGAUUCUGACUCUGAGUCGGAUGAAAAAGAGAACUUCCAGGCCGACCUGGCCAACAUCACCUGUGAGAUCGCCAUCAAGCAGAAGCUGAUCGACGAGCUGGAGAACAGCCAGCGGAGGCUGCACACGCUGAAGCAGCAGUACGAGCAGAAGCUGAUGAUGCUGCAGUGCAAAAUCAGAGACACGCAGCUGGAGAGGGACCGCGUGCUGCAGAACAUGAAUACAGUAGAAAGCGGCACGGACGACAAGUCCCGUAAGAUCAAGGCGGAGUACGAGAAGAAGCUGAGCGUCAUGAACAAAGAGCUGCAGAAGCUCCAGUCGGCCCAGAAGGAACACGCCCGCCUGCUGAAGAACCAGUCGCAGUACGAGAAGCAGCUGAAGAAGCUGCAGAUGGACGUGGCUGAGAUGAAGAAGACCAAGGUCCGCCUCAUGAAGCAGAUGAAGGAGCAGCAGGAGAAGAACAGGAUGAACGAGUCUCGCAGAAACAGAGAAAUCGCUUCGUUAAAGAAAGAUCAACGCAAGCAAGAGCACCAGCUGAAGUUACUGGAGGCUCAGAAGAGACAACAGGAGCUGAUUCUGAGGAGAAAGACUGAGGAGGUGACGGCUCUGAGGAGGCAGGCCAGGCCGACCUCAGGUAAAGUCAUCAGGAAAGUUAAUCUCCCAGAACCGAUGGACUCGUCCUACAGACCUCCAUCUGGACGACUCUACUCCUCCGGCAACGUGGCUCCUAACGGCACCCGCUCUUCUUACAGGCGUACAGUCGGAGUUUACUCCACCAGGAUCGCUCGUAACAAAUGGCAAUCUCUGGAGCGCCGGAUCACCGACGUCAUCAUGCAGAGGAUGACCAUCUCCAACAUGGAGACCGACAUGAACCGCCUGCUCAAGCAACGGGAGGAGCUGACGAAGCGUAAGGAGAAGGUGAUCCGUAAGAGGGAGCGUCUGACGAAGGAGGGGCCGGAGGUGGAGAAGGCGGUGCUCCCUCUGAGCGAGGAGGUGGACGCUCUGACCGCCAACAUCGACUACAUCAACGACAGCAUCGCUGACUGUCAGGCCAACAUCAUGCAGAUGGAGGAGACCAAGGAGGAAGCCGACACUGUGGACAUCUCUGCUGUGAUUGGUUCCUGCACGCUGACAGAAGCUCGUUUCCUGUUGGAUCAUUUCAUGUCCAUGGCCAUCAACAAGGGUCUGCAGGCGGCGCAGCGGGAGUCUCAGGUGAAGGUGAUGGAGGGUCGGCUGAAGCAGACGGAGAUCACCAGCGCCACGCAGAACCAGCUGCUCUUCCACAUGCUGAAGGAGAAGGCCGAGUUCAACCCGGAGCUGGACGCUCUGCUGGGGAACGCUCUGCAAGAGCUAGGUAACAUCCCGGCCGAGAACGGAGAUGAUAGCAGCAGUGAUGAGUCGGCUCAGAGCCCGUCUGCAGAGGGAAGCUCCUUGACGUCAGAUCUCAUGAAACUCUGCGGAGAAACCAAAACAAGAAGCAAGGCUCGGCGCCGGACCACCACCCAGAUGGAGCUGCUGUACGCCAACAGUGACUCCGCCCCCGACGCUCCCUCGGCGGACUUCUCCGGCCCGAUGCUGCCGCUGGCCGAGACGCCGGAGGGGGGGAGGGAGGCGGAUUCGUCAGGCUCAUCAGUCAGGGACUACGCAGCUCUCUCCCCCGGCUUUUCCUCUAAAAUGGGCAGCAUUUCUGGCUCCAGAACGUCGCCCGGGUUGGAAAAGCGAGCGCCGCCGGAGCCCUCGCCGCUCUCUCGCAGGAAGACGUAUGACAAGGCGGCGGCCGAAAGGGCAAAGGUCAAGGAGAUUAAACAGAGGAACGGCUGCCUCCACCUCUCCUCCAGCCACAUCCUGCGCUCCGUUUCCCCUCCGAUCCCCGAUCCUCCAAAGGGCGUCAUUAACCCGGUGCCUCCCACUAAAAGCAGCCGUUCGGCCACGCUGCAGUGCGUCCACGUGGCGGAGGGACACAGUAAAGCCGUUCUGUGUGUCGACUGCACCGACGACCUCCUGUUCACCGGAUCCAAAGACCGGACCUGUAAGGUGUGGAACCUGGUGACGGGUCAGGAGAUAAUGUCUCUGGCCGGUCAUCCUAACAACGUGGUGUCGGUGCGCUACAGCUCCAGCCUGGUGUUCACCGUCUCCACCUCCUCCAUCAAAGUCUGGGACAUCCGCGACUCGGCCAAGUGCAUCAGGACGCUCACGUCCUCUGGUCAGGUGAGUGUCGGGGAGGUUUGUGCCUCCAACACCAGCCGCACCGUCACCAUCCCAGCAGGAGAGAACCAGAUCAACCAGAUCGCCCUCAACCCCAACGGGAGCGUCCUGUACGCCGCCGCAGGGAACUCCGUCAGAGUCUGGGACCUGAGGAGGUUUGCGUCCACGGGGAAGCUGACGGGUCACCUGGGCCCCGUCAUGUGUCUGACCGUGGAUCAGUCUGGGAACAACCAGGACCUGGUGAUCACCGGCUCCAAGGACCAUUAUAUCAAGCUGUUUGACGUGACUGAAGGCUCUCUGGGGAGCAUCGGACCAACACACAACUUUGAGCCUCCUCACUACGACGGCAUCGAGUCUCUCGUCAUCCAGGGAGACAUUUUGUUCAGCGGCUCCAGAGACAACGGCAUCAAGAAGUGGGACCUGGACCGCAAAGACCUGCUGCAGCAAGUCCCGAACGCCCACCGUGACUGGGUGUGUGCGCUGGGCGUGGUGCCCGGCUCUCCGGCCCUGCUGAGCGGCUGCAGAGGAGGGGUGCUCAAGCUGUGGCACACGGACUCUCUGGGGACUCUGGGGGAGCUGAAGGGCCACGAGAGCCCCAUCAACGCCAUCUCCACCAACAGCAGCCACCUGUUCACCGCCUCCGACGACCGGACAGUGAAGAUCUGGCGUGCUCGCGGUGGACUGGACAGCACUUUAGAGGCGGGCGACAAUGCGGACGAGGUGGCGAGUAUCUGAACAGAUCUCUCUACAGGAAGGAACAGUUGUAAUCUGUCGGCGCUGCUGCCCUGCACUUUGACCCCCGAUCUCCUCCUGAAGCCCGGCGCCGACUCCUGAAACCUUCCACGCCAUGUAACGUGAACGACUGAGCCAACAGGAAAAGUAAUCUCAUCUCGACAGAAACUAGCACACUCAGCGUUCCACCGGACUCUGUGCUCAGUUUGCCGUAUCGUUAACUAAACUCUCUGCAGGAUGAAAUCAUCUCUGUGUGUUUCGCGCUGUAGACGAUACGUGGAUCAUGAUUAUAUAUCACACUUAUUUAAAAGGCAUAGAAUUAAUGUGAGCACUGUGCCAGGUUAGAGCACAGCUGCAGACGCGUUAGUACCCAGGAUAAAGGGUAUCAGUGUUAGAUUGUUAGAGUAGAGAACAGUAGAGAACAGUAGAGUGAUAGAGUGAGGCAGAGCUGACGGGUUGGUAGCUGGUCUUCACAACCCACUUCUCCUGUUUCUUGGGAUUGUUUGGAUAGUUUCUCUGCACUCGAAGCAGAACCAAUGCCCCCUCGCUCCUUUUCCCCCCUCAAAGUGUCUUUACUGUACGUGAAAAAAAGACAAAUCACCGCUCCCCUUAAUUAACCCAUUUAGGCCUAAAACGCCUGUAAAGAAAAUGCCUGUAAAACGUCUGGGUGAUUUUAAAAUAACUGAAGUUUUUCUGGAAAUUCAACAGAAGUGUCAACGCUUCCUACUAAAUUUUAGAUUUUUCAGCCUCUGUAGCAGAUAGAAAUUAAAUUAAACUUGUUGCUUUCAUGAGAAGUUGAGUUUAUUUGUCCAAACCAAAAAUCAACGUGUUGCAUUGCGACACUCCCACAUGUAUUCUGAUGCAUUUCAUUGGCCAAGAGACUGAAAAUAGGUGGAAAAAAACUACAAAUACUACAAAAAGACGUAUCUGCUUUCCCAGCUUUAAUGGUAGAAUAACACAACAGCGCCCCCGGUUUUAAUGGUAGACAUGUGGUAAUUCUUUCCCGCCUUAAAUGGGUUAACUCCCCCCUCCUGCUUUCUGUGCUCCUGAAUCCCUGCAGCUGUUUUUAAAUCAGCGACCAAAAUUGUGCAAAACUCUCGUCGUCUUCGCUGUCGUGUACUGCACUCGUGAACACUAACAGUCCCACUUUAGAGCGAAGGUUUGAGAUUUUUGGGAAAUACGACUAUUUGCUUUUCUUGCUGUCAGUUAACUGGUUAGCUUAGCUUAGCAUAAAGGCUGUAAAUGGAGUAACAGCUAGCCUAGCCUUAGCCUUUUUCAGCAUUCUCCAUUGCUGCAUCCUAGCGGCACCCGAGAUGAUUAUGAUUUGUUAAAAGAAAUAAGAACAAGCCAGCGCUUUUUUUCCCCUGACACAGAGCUGUGGGGAGAGGUCCAGCACGUUCCAGCACCCCUAGAGCUCACUUAUUAACAGAUUAUGUCUUGUUUUUUUUAUCCGUGCAAAAAUGAGAAUUGAAAAUGUACAAUUUACAGAUUAAUUUAUGGCCCACGUGCCAUAAUAUUUUUGGCUGGGCUCUGAAACUUCUUUUCCCAACUUCACUUUUACUUUAACUUUGGGGUUUAAUUGGGUUUAACCAGUUAUCUAAAAAAAACAAAAAACAAAUUCUGGACACUUUAAAAAAAAAGAUAAACCCAAUCGUCCUUAUCUACAAAUCAUGAGAAGAGUGAAUCUGUCUAUAAAUUAACAUUUCAACUUUUUCUGCCAUUUUUGUAUCAACAUAUAUUCUCUUGGAUAGGUUAACCAGCCAUUCAAAGACAUACGUUUGAUAAAUCACCAACUUUGUUUCAUGCACGUUUUUAAAAACACAUUUAUGCAUGUUAAAUACUUCAUAAAUGAGACCAAAUGAAAAUAUUUAGGAAGCUUUAACAGACUUGUGAUGUACGCUGUCACAACAAAACAAACAUUAAUAUAUAAUACACGUUUAUUGUUGAAUUUGUUCUUAAAUGCUUUAAAUGCCUGUUAUCAGAAUAAGUAGGCUUGUGUUUAUCUGCAGCUCCUGUUACCAAACAGUCAGUCAAUCCAUUCAUAAAACACAUCAUCUCUUUAAAUAUAAUUUUACUUCACCUUCUUCAUGUGACAGGUGGUCAGAAGAUUUUAAAAAAAUCGAGCCACAUGUAAGCUUGACCUUUUCUCUUGAAAUGACUGGAUUAAACAAACAAGAUUUAAUUAUGGAGCUUUUGAGGUGUUGCUAGGCAGAUUUCAUUCCCUUCAGCUGGUACCAGGCUAGUAGUUUCCCCCCACUUCCAUGCUUUACGCUAAGCUAAGCUAAGUGGCUGUAGCUGGUAUUAAUCUCCUGCAGAAAACGAGCUCUUCCUUUAACUGUCGAGCACUUGUGAAAACUCCCAUGCUUGCUCCCUGACACAGAGCUGUGGGGAGAGGUCCAGCAGUAAUUAAAUCCAUGUUCCAGCACCUUUAGAGCUCAAUUAUUAACAUAUUAUGUCUCGUUUGUUUUAUCUGUACAAAAAUGAGAAUUGAAAAUGUACAAUUUACAGUUUUACAGGGGCCCAUGUGCCAUCAUAUUUUUGGCUGGGCUCUGAAACUUCUUUUCCCAACUUCACUUUUACUUUAACUUUGGGGUUUUAUUGGGUUUAAUCAGUUAUUCAAACAACUUUAUUAAUCCCACAAGGGGCAAUUCAGUUAUCUUUAAAAACAGCUGGUACCAAGCUAGGACUUUCCCCCCACUUCCAUGCUUUACGCUAAGCUAAGAUAAGCUAAGCUAAGCUAAGCUAAGUGGCUGUAGCUGGUAUUAAUCUCCUGCAGAAAUCAAAUAACUCUACUUCCCAAAACCACCUCUUCCUUUUACUAUCGAGCACUUGUGAAAACCGACACAAUUAGUCUUUGAGAUGCACUUAAUCCUUCGUGAAUGUGAGCAGGUUUCAGCCUUUAGACGAUAUUCUACACUUCAUGUUUCAUCGUAUGUAAAAAACAAACACGUAUGUUCACUCUUUACCACUGAAUCUACACUACUGAGUCGUGUCUAACUCCCAUGCUGCUAAGUCGUGCGUGUGCUCACCUCCCCCUCCCCCUCCUUCUUCUUCUUCUCCUCUCGACCCCUAUAAGAGGGCUUUCUCGUCAUGGACUCCGGGUGAGGUCCGCUCUGCACCGAGCAACGUGUAUGUAUAUAUAUGUAACAGUAUCUUUUUUUCUUUUGGGAGAGAAGAGGCCUGACUGACGUCUGUCUCCAGUUCUGAUCCUUGCGGGGCCUUCCUCAUGUACCUGAUGUCUGUGUGCUGUCACUUUUGAAUGUUGGGUGAAACAGCAGUUGUAGGCAUUAUCCAAGUACAUAUCUAAUGUAUGUAAACAAUGUAUUUAAAAUAAGAGAAAUCUGACUGAAUGUUAGUUUCGUGGGACCACGGAGGACCAGAACUGAGCUUUUAAAGCUUCGGACGGAGGCAGAUUGUGUUUAGUGGCCUACGGUUAGUUCUUUUUUCUGUUUAUUUUUUUUCUCUUCUUCUUUGUUUUGUUUGUUAUGCUGUCCCUGUUCUCCACAUAUCCUGGGCGUUCCCACUCUGGAGUUUUAGCAGCCAUUCCCAAGUGGCGGACUCUGUAGCGAUUCUAAUGUCAGAUGCCUUGGUGAGAAUAAACGCCAUCUGUCAAAAACAA